AUGCGUUUGGUGACCUACAUUGGUAUUUCGGUGUCCCUGGUUCUGUUACUGACAGCUUUUAUACUAUUCUUGUGUCUAAGGUAAUUUUUAUUUGAUUUUCGUCAUUUUACUGAGCUGACCUUCUCACAACGGUCGCAAGAAAUUGUGGGAAAUAUUCCAUAUCGUUAUAUCAUGAUCUCUUCUUCCAUGGGCACUUCUAAUACAAAAUUGAACAGUACAAUAUUGAGCCCACGCACUUCUCGUAAGCGUAGGAAGCGGAGCUCUCGGUGUUUUGGUGAAGUAUUGUUUUCCAAAAAUUCCUAAAUUGGGGGCACCUGCAAAAAUCCCUUUCAAAAAAAUUGUAAGGUGUUAAGUGCAGUCCGGUCAAAGUCCGUUGCAAAAAGUUGUAAGCGCGUUAGAGCAUAUUCUUUUAGAGGAUGCGCUGUAUAAACGCAUCAUUAUCAGCACCGUCACUAUUUUGUAUUUACAGCAAUCUGAAGAGCAACUCAAUAACAACUCAUAAGAACCUUAUUGUAGCGGUUUUCGUUGCGGAGCUGACGUUCCUCUUGGGAAUCAACAGAACGGCAGAUCAGGUUGGGUCAAAUACAAAGCUAACGUAUGUUUACAGUAGGGUGAUUUAGUAUUAUCAGUUGAGUUGAUAAAGUAAAUAUUGGCCACCGUAAAUAGUUUCAAAGCUCGCUUUGAAAAAUGACAGCGUUCAGUCAAUGGAUGCUUUUAAGCAAGUAAACGUCUACUUCAACUAUGGCAUUUUUUUUUUACAAUUCAUGUUCAUUAGCGUGGGGAAAUACGCAACAGUGGAAAUCUAGCUUCAGCUUUCUUAAAAACAUACUAGUUUGGCAUCUGAUCUUACGACGUUUCUUUUAUUUUUGUUUCAUUGCAGAGAUUGUGUCAGUUGAUCGCCAUAGUGCUGCAUUAUUUCUUCAGCGCCUCUUUCUCGUGGAUGUUCGUGGAAGGUCUGCACAUGUAUCAUAGGCUCAGGGAAAAGAGGAGUAUAGACACUGGCAAAAUGUCCUUUUAUUUCUUUAUGGGGUGGGGUAAGUGUUACGAAUGUUGUCCAACAGGGAAUGUAUGGUAUCAAUCCUUUGAAGUGAUUAACAGUUAAUAUCUUCCUCCAAUAUCCAUACAUUAUCCAGUAAACAGGCAGUGAGAAUACCCAAAUUAUCAGGUAGAAGUUGUUAUCUUGAUCCAACACCAAAUAAUUGGGACUUAUUUACAAGGAAAUGUAAAGCAACUGGAGGGGAGAAUUAACAAUCACAUCGUGGGAGUAAAUAGGUUAAAUUUCGUGAGUUGUAAGCAGGCAUUUUUCGGGAAAAAAAAAAAAACGGGGGAGGGGGAUGGAAGAGGAAUGAUUGGUACAAGAAGCCUACCAAAAGUCACAUUUUUAAAAUAUUCACUCGCCAUCACCUAUUUGAAGAUAAGUUUGCUUUUGAAAAUUAAUGCUUUCAAAUAAUAAUUAUAAAACAUAUCAUAAAACACGGAUUUCUGUGCAACGAGUGUGGUUUUUAUUUGUCUCAGGAUGUCCUGCUAUUGUGGUCGGAGUUUCCGCUGGCUUAGCGAACGUGGGCUACGGAAACCAGAGAUUGUAAGUAAACUUACGAGUAUGGUCGCGGUAGAACUUUUUAUUAGUCUCGGUAAACAGUUUGUUUGUACUUUUAACAUUCUUAGACCAAGCAAUAGAUAGUGACAGUUCCCACUAAUUUCGCGACAUUUGACCUUUUUUUAUUACUUUUCAGCUGCCGGAUGUCGACAAAUGGAACACUUAUCUGGACCUUUACGAUUCCGAUCAUCAUCAUUGUCGCGGUAAGUAGCUUCACGAAUGAUCCCACUCCUGACAAUACAUGUCAAUUAUAACGGCAAACCAAGAGGUAAAUCUCUUGUGGUAAAGUGAUUAUCAUUGAAUUAAAAAUCUUUCUAAAAACAUCCAGUGGCAUCUCUAGGAAGCUGGUCUCAUUCCCGUUCUCCUUACAACAUCAUCACGAUAUGAAGCAGGGCGGUGAUGAGAAAAAAAGAAAUAUAUCAACUAGGGGAUUAUUACUCGAUCCAAUACCAAAUUCUCCGAACUAACAUCAUUAAAAUUGUCUUACAAAUGAGAAGGGUUAAUGUCAACCGUCCACUUUUCACCCGUUCUUCCUCAUCUAGUUUCCCAUCCUCCUCUCCACUUAUAAUUUCGUUGCAAAUACUGUCUUGAUGAACGGUGGGCCCGUUUUAUUUAUAUUUCGUUUUGUGACUUGGUGUUCGCCUCAGUGGCAUUCUUUGGCGCAGUUGACAUGCAUGUUGCUGUGGCAAACAAAACAAACAACUACAUAGAGAUGACGGUCUGAAAUUGUUCAUAUUUAUACACAAAUUUUGCAUUUGUGGAAUGGUGCGGUAUUUGUAUACCUUUACAUUGAUUGAUUUAGUAUGUCAUGUUUUUCAUUGAUUUUCUUUUUAUCAUCUUAGUUCAACACACUCGUCUUUAUCAUGGCGCUGUUCAUUUCACUUCAAAAACAAUCAAGGAGGAGACGUCGCCCGCAUCAUCACCAUUACCAUGGCGACGAACAAUCUAACUUGACGUAAGAUAGCACUUUUGACUGAUACAUGAGCGUAUCAAUCGUCUCUUGCUAAAGCUUGGUUUUCACAAGCGACGCAAGCAUAAACACAAGCAUAACAGCUCAGAGAAGCAAGCAAGCAAGCAAGAAUAUAGCGCAAAACCGCUUUAUUUUGCCACUUUAUCUAUAACUUUUCAAGCUUCAACUGCAGCAGAAUCAGAAAAGGAGAUCAACAAGUUUCUCCAUCCAACCUAUUGAUUUCUUUUUUCUUUCUGCACCUGUUUAACAAAGAGUUCUUUUUUUUUUUUUUUUUUUUUUUCCUUAGAAACGCUCCUAUCACCCAGGGGAGACGGCGCCUCUCCGAUCCCCGUAUGAUUUUGACGACGAUGAAAACGCCACUAGCACAUCUACCACGGAGCCAUCCAGAAGUGGUUUCCGUAGCAGUGUAACGAGUCGGUUCACCACAGACAACAGUAUCACGGAUACUAUAGGAGAUGAAGAUACCAGUGCACCAGGUGUGUGUUUGAAAUGGAAUUUCUCUCAAAUGUGCUCUAUACAUUCUGCUCAGUCCAAGUAAUUAGAAAGUGGUUUUAAAUAAAUUACAGUGACUUCUAGUCGGCUUCUAUACCCUAGAGACCGAAGAAAAGUGCCCCCGCUAAAUCCCCUUAUUUUUUUUCUUCAAUGAAGACCAGAUUUGUGCCCUACGAAGCCAAGUUUUCUUUAAUUACGGUCGUCCUACAAGAAAUGUUCCUUUGCAAUUCAAUUCGGUGGGGAGAAAAGAAGAAUCACCUAGAAAGUAAGGACAAGACUUAAAACACAAAAGCAAUCAGAAGCAAUCUCAACCAACAAUCAUACCUGGAGCCAGGCUAACUGGUUUAGCGCAGAAGGGGCCGGGCAUUGAUUGCUUGAUAGUGGAAUUUAUCAUUGCUUUUUUUUCAAGGAACCAACUCCUCUGAACCAUUUAGGAAUGACUUAUGGCUUGCAGAAACUGUACAUUCUGUUUGUUUGUUUGUUUGUUUGUUUGUGUCGUCCAAGUCUUUCAUUUCGCUCAGCGAAAAUACGUUGUAAUGGAGUUAUUCCUCAUUUCUGGGAACUAAUUUUUGUUUGGUUGUUCAAAUUUUUAGAUGGAAAAUCGCGAAAGGCCAAGUACCCUGAUAAUCCUGAACUCGGUAAGUCGUUUACAAUGCGUAAACUCAAACAUUUCUAUGUUUAAACUCCUUUGUAGUCAAUAUUUUGAUGGUCACGAAACGAAGAGGAAAAUAAGGGGUGAUAUUACUUCGUCACGCAAUAUUGUUGUGCAGCGAAACAUCUGUAACACAUCUUUGGUACAGUCAGUUAAAGGCUAAUAGUCUUGUGAGUAUAUAUAGAGUGGGUAGCAUUAUAGGCGCACUCUGAUUGGCUACUUAAACUCCAAAUAUCCCUUGCUAAUCACCUCCGAGCAACGCGCGCGCGAUUUGCGCCCAGAAAGAUGGUAAUCGUUGUAGGAAGAAAUACGUUCGGGUUUUUACCUAAUUGAUUAUGCAAAAAAUACAGUAAAAUUGACCAACUUUAAUGUGCUAGUGCUGAAGGAAGAUUUUUCGUAAGAAAUCGGUGGUGUUUUUACUUCAAAAUAUAAUUCAUUUGAUUUUUAUUUGUGGCACUUUUAGGAGCUUUGGUGUAAUUUUAAAAUUUACAUGAUUUUUUUAACAAAGUACUCUCAAACGCUUGUUGCAAAAAGCGAAAAAUAAAGCAACUUCAAGCCUUCAAAACGCGUCUUGGUAUAUAAGAAAUCAUGUCAAAUUACAUGCGGGCACAAAGUUUGGUCCUUAUACGAAGAUAAUAUGAAAUAAAAAAUUUGGGUGAUUCAGAAAAGUGCCGGCAAAAUAAAAGAGUUUGCGACGCACUGUGGCCAAGAUCAGGACGCAAACAACACUUUCACCUUUACCGGUAACCUUUUAACUCCCAAGAUCUCAUUUAUAAUUCUUCUUACUGUCUGCCAUAUUGUUUUUUAGAAGUUAGUUUGGGGAAUUUAGUAAUGGAUCAAGUAAUAAUCCCUAAAUAAGAUUUUUCUUAUUCUCAUUACUUGUCUGCUUGAUAUUGUAUUGAUAUUAUAUUGAUAUUAUAUUGAUAUUGUGUUGAUAUUGUAUUGAUAUUGUAUUGAUAUUGUAUUGAUAUUGUAUUGAUAUUGUAUUGAUAUUGUAUUGAUAUUGUAUUGAUAUUGUAUUGAUAUUGUAUUGAUAUUGUAUUGAUAUUGUAUUGAUAUUGUAAGGAGAAAUUCUGUCUCGGUCACUCAUGGGAGUUAAAGGGUUAACCCCCUGUUACUAUCCAGUAUCCCAAGUGAUCUUGUGUUGUACGUUCAUGAUCUCAGAGUUAGUCUUCACUUUGUAUUGAAAAAAUUUAAUAAAUACAAGAAUAAGUAACCCUUUUUCGAAAUGUUUUUUACCCAGUAAAUCAUUUUUUUCUUUGUUUAGACUGGCAUUAUCAUUGUUGACGAAUGUAAACUAGCCGUGGCAGUUAAUUUUGGGACUAAAGCAGCCUCCUUCUCGUGUGCCGCAGCACGGCAGCUUCAAAUUAAAGAUGAAUCGGAAAAUUACAGGUACAUUUUUAUGUAAAUGCACACCAUCAAGAAUAGGCAGAGUAGCUGAGUACUUAGGGCACUGGCCACCUGCUUAGGGACUUGCCAAGUGCUUAGGGACUUGUCAUCCGGUUGUCCCAGGUUGUAGUUCUCCACUCUGCUACUCACUGGAUUUGUUUUCAGUUGCACUGUGUUCCACUCGUUGGCUUUGCUCUGUUUAAAGCCAAUUUGUCUGCCUUUUACUAGUUGCGGUUCUUAAAAACUGUGUUGACGUUUAUUUACUAUGUUUAUUUCCAAUUUGUUUGAAUUAAUUAUUUCUAAAAUUUGUAAGCAAAUGGAGAAUAAAGAAAUAUAUCAUACGAACUGUUAAUAGUGUUAUUAUUAUUGUUAUAAUUAAUUGUUAUUAUUAUUGUUAUCAUUAAUCAUCAUCAUCAUCAUCAUCAUCAUCAGAGCUUUAGGUAUUUAUAAACGGGUCAGUAUAUGCAAUAAUUUUAGUAUAGUGGGUGACCUUUAUUGUAAGAAGUUUUUGACAUGUUCUUGACCCCAAGCAGUGAUUUUUUUGUCAGAUUACUUAUGUCAAACUGCAGUUGGAGCUCUCAUUUCUGGGAGUCAAAGGGUCAACUGUAAUCUUGAGGGUUAGAACUUCCUGAUCAGUGCGCUUUGAUCGCAAGUGUACACUUUUUGCAGUACUUGACCUAUACAUAAUUCUAGAUUUUAACUUACUUUUUAAAUUCACAAAAUUGUUUAUGGAAUGUUUUCGUGUUUGUAAUAAAAAGUGAACUGCAAAUAGCAACUCCGGGUUUUUUGUUUUGUUUUGUGUUUUUUUUUUGCUCCUUGCAUUUGACAGGCCCUCUUCUUCUCGGUGGGCUCGUGCAGCUACCAAUUAAAUUCCCAGUCCUCUACAAACAUUUUGCUGGCUGCAUCAGAAAUGUUUACAUCAAUCACGAGUUCUUGGACCUCAGUCAGCCAUUGUACAACAACGACGGGACCAGUGCUAAAUGUAAAGCAAUGGGCAACACGUGCGCAUAUAAACCUUGCGGGCGAGGCACGUGUUUUAACAUACUUGGUUCUCACCGGUGUGACUGUCCCACUGGGUUUGAUGGAAGUCGCGGUGAAACAGGUAUUGAAUUUUUUUUUACGGAUAUGUAAGUAAUCUUUCCUCUCGCACUUACUUUAGUUUGAAGCGUUCGCAAGAGUACGGAAUCUUUUGAAAUAUUUUCAAAUACUUAGUAUCUAAGAUGCAGACAACAGUUCAUGAGUUGUGCAUGAUAAAGGACACCUUAUGAGCAUUUAAAUGUAUGCGGUUCCUUGUUAUGAGAAAUGUAUCGUCGAGUUUAUCUGAUUUAGUGGAUCUUCAAUUAAUAAAUGCACGUACUUAAUCACCGGUAUUUUCGCCUUGAAUUAUCGAUCCAUACCAGAUUUUGACCCGACAGUUCUGAGAAAAGAGCGAAAAAUCAGUUUUACUUUACAUCUGACGAAGAUCUGCCGGUUUCAAAAACGCUGUGAACAAUCCUCAGAGUUGAAAGAUUCCCUUCCUUAACGUUAAGGGCCGAGUUCCUCAAAUACUGUCUUCUGUUGUGUCAGCAAUUUCUGUUUCUUAACCCUUUCACUGCCAAGGUAUCAUUGGUAAUUCUCCUUACUGUCUGUUAUACAAUUCUUAUGAUGUUAGUUCUGAGAAUUUAGUAUUGGAUCAAUUAAUAAUUCUCUAAUUGAUACUUUUCAUUAUUCUCGUCGCUUGACCGCUUGUCUACAAUUCUUACAAUAUUAGUUUAGAGAAUUAAGUAUUGGAGCAGCUAAUUAUCCCCAAAUUGAUGUUUUUCUUUAUUCUCAUCGCUUAUCUGGUUGAUAUUGUAUUAAUUUUGUAAGGAGAAAUACUGUCUUGGUCACUCAUGGGAAUUUAAGGGUUAAAUUGGAGAGAAAUUAUCCAGGCCUCCAGUUAGCGUUGAUUUUCUGGGAGUCACGUUAUCCUAAAAUACCCCAACUAAAGAGAACGUCAAUUUCUUAUCACGAGUUCUUAUAUGGAAACCAUUCAUACAAACUUCCUUGUUCAACAGGUGUGAAAUACACUGAGAGAUUCUCAGGACAGAGUUUUAAGAGGG